UAUUUUUAUACUUUUCUAUUAUAAAUAAGACAUUCCCUAUCAUUUGAUCUUAUCCUCAACUCAAUUUUCUACUUCAUCCAAACUUCCAUAUCUCUCUCUAUGGCUUCCAAUUCUCUUUAUGAUAUGCUUGUAAAUGACUCUGACUUCUCCGAAUCUGAUGAUGAUUUGGAGAUGCUCAAAGCUAUUACUAUGGAUAAAGAACUACUAGAUAGUGAAAUAGGAUCAAGCUCACGUCGUGGUUCUGUUCGAGGUCGUAAAGUCAUUCAUCGUGAUCAUAUUCAAGGUCAUGAAAGGCUUUUUCUCGACUAUUUUGUUGAAUCGCCUGUAUAUCCUCCUGAGUUAUUUCGAAGGAGGUUUCGGAUGAAGCGUUCACUUUUUCUUCGAAUUCAAGCUGCAGUAGAAGCGCACAAUCCAUACUUUCUCCAAAAAAGAAAUUGUGCUGGAAAGCUUGGUUUGUCUUCUCUUCAGAAGAUAACUGUUGCACUUAGGAUGCUUGCUUAUGGAGUAGCCGCUGAUUUUAUGGAUGAAUAUGUGAGAAUUGGAGAAAGCACUGCAAUAAAAAGCUUAAAAUAUUUUGUUAAAGCAGUUGUUGAUAUUUUUUCUAAUGAGUAUUUGAGGCCACCAAAUAGCAAUGACAUCGCUAAACUACUAGUGAUUGGUGAAAGUCGUGGAUUUCCUGGAAUGUUGGGGAGCAGUCACAUUCAUGAACCAACAAUUAUUUUGGAAGCGGUUGCAUCAUAUGAUCUUUGGAUUUGGCAUGCGUUUUUUGGAUUACUUGGGUCUCAUAAUGAUAUCAACGUCCUAGAAAGGUCUUUUGUAUUUACCGAACUUGCUCAAGGGCGUGCUCCUGCAGUCAAUUAUGGUAUAUAUCCACAAUGGUCAACAUUUGUGAAAACAAUUCCUUCUCUUCAAGGAAAUAAGAAAAAACUUUUUGCUGCAGUUCAAGAGGCGACAAGAAAAGAUGUAGAACGUGCAUUUGGAGUGCUUCAAGCACGAUUUGCAAUUGCGCGUCGACCGGCACGUUUUUGUAAUACUAAAAUGCUUAAAUGUAUUAUGAAGGCGUGCAUAAUUCUACAUUAUAUGAUCAUUGAGGAUGAGCGGGACGACAAUGAAAUAAAAGACUUCAAUUAUGAUCAAAUCGAUGAUAGUCCCCAUGUAACAGUGUUAUAG